GCCUGAUGAAAACUCGUAAACAACUAACGGUCCUCUCCGGUUUAUUCCUAAAGGACGAGCGUGGACACCAUGAACCAAGUGGAUUAUCUCCACCAGCUCGACACUGGGAGUCUGACUUUGGAGGAGAAGCUGGAGAUUAAAGGUCUCGGUGUCCAUCAGCCGCAGGAUGUCGGUAGAAACCAGACCACUGACGUGCAUCAGCUGAUCGUGAUUAAAGAAGAGUUUCCGUGGAGCCCCGGUCUGGAAGAACAGGACCUAUAUGUGAAGGAGGAACAGGAGGAGUUCUGGUCCAGUCAGGAAGGAGAGCAGCUUCAUGGACUGGAGGAGGCGGACGUCACCAGCUUCCCCUUCACUGUUGUUCAUGUGAAGAGUGAGGACGAUGAAGAGGAGCCUCAGUCCUCACAGCUUCAAGUACCAAACUGGAUCCAAACGGACAGAGACGCAGAUCUUCCAGAACCAAACAGUCAUUUUCAAACAAACACCGAUCCUGAGACUUCAGACUCUCCUGAAACCGACGUGAGUGAAGACGAAUGGCAGGAGCCUUUAUCAGAUCCUGGGUCUGACGCUGAAGUCACAGACGGGGGUUGGAAAGAGGUCGGACUUUCAGAGUCGGGUGUAAAACCAGAUGAGACGAGUAACGGAGCCAAGAAAACCUUCAGCUGCUCCGAGUGUGGCAAACGUUUCCUCUACAAGCAGUCGCUUCAACGGCACAUGACACACAAUUCAUGUUCUGGACAGAAGCAAAGUGAAGAUUCAGAGACGAGAGUCGACGCGGGAGAGAAAUCGUUCAGUUGUGACAUUUGUGGUAAAAGAGCCAGGAAUCAAUACAGUCUUAAGACUCACAUGAGAGUUCACACGGGAGAGAAACCGUACGCCUGCAACGACUGUGGGAAAAGUUUCAACCGGAAGGAACUUCUAAGGAAACACACAACUAUUCACACGGAAGAGAAACCGUUUACCUGCGACGACUGUGGGAAAAGAUUUAAACGGAAAACGCAUCUCGCGACACAUGCAACAAUACACACAGGAGAGAAACCGUUUGCUUGCGACGACUGCGGGAAAGGAUUUAAAAGGAAAACGCAUCUGGCGACGCAUGCAGCGAUUCACACGGGGGAGAAACCGUUCGGUUGUGACGACUGCGGGAAAAGGUUUAAACGGAGGACGCAUCUGAUGACGCACGUCACCGUUCACACCGGAGAGAAACCGUUCGGUUGCGCUGUUUGUGGUCAAGAGUUCACACAACCGGGAAGUUUGAACAGACACAUGAGGUUCCACAUAGUGUAGAAACGUAGCUAUAUUUGGUUUUGUUAUAAAAUUAUUCAACUUAGAGGCUUGAUUUCAUUUGGUUCUUUAAGUUUGUUUGAGACUUUUAAACACGUCGUAGAUGUGACUGAGUUUGUUCAUGAACUGGACGAUGAGCUAUUACCUUUUUUUCUGGUAUAUUAUGACUUUGUUUGGCACUUUGUUUGGAUUUAAUGACUCAUGCAGCUGCUCAUUAACAGGUUAAAGGGUAAAUGAACAUGUGGCCGACAUGAAGCACUUCACCAGCCACAAAGCUGAACGUAAAGUUAACAGAAGUUGACCUCAGAAUGAUCCAGUCUUGUAUUUUUAUUUCACUGUGUUAAAGUCGUGUUCUCCUCUGUUGCAUUACUUGAAGAAAUGAUCUAUGUUUGAGUCCUGUGACGGGCUGAGAACCUAUAACCCGUCUGUCGCCUGGUGACUGCUGCUAUAGGCUCCAGUAAAUCACAGCCCUACAGAGGAUACGUGGGAGCAGAAGAUGAGGUGAGAGGAUCUGUGUUUGAGGCGAAGCCUCGGUAGAAGAAUCGCUGGCUGAGGCGCUGGAUUAUGAACUAGGAUUAGAAAAUCAAGGCACUUGGAGAGAGAGAUCUGAUUUAUCUUCUUUAAUCAACACGAUUCAACAACGUGUGUGUGUGUGCGUCUGAAAAUAAAGAAGCGGUGCUAGCAAGAGGCAGAGCUUCCGACUUCUGAGACACCGGCUACUUGACUAACUCAGACUCACACGACACAUUUCUCGUCAAAGCAGAAACCAGAACAUUGAUCAAAUUAUCUGUAACUAGGGAGAAUAAACACUUACAUUUCCUCAACAAUGAAUGCACAACUAGGGAAACGUGCAAAAAGUCCACACCUGCUAAAAGCUUCACACUGUUCAUCAGAGUCUGGACAUGUCCCGACUCCACAGACAGAGUUCUGGCUUCCACCAGUAGAUGGCGCUGUUAGACUUUGACCUAUGGGUUUUCUCCCAGUCUGUGAACUUACAUGUGUUAUUAACAUGAGGCAGACACGUCGUGGUGCUUUGAGCUACGUCUAGUUUACAUGUAACGUGUAGGACGUACGGUACUUAUGCAGUUAUUGGUUUUAAAAAGAAAAAGUUUUGUGCCGGUGGAGCAGACGGUGCAGCUCAUAUUCUGAGCGGAGCAGUAAAUAUGAACACAUCACUGCUGUGUUGACCUCUCUUCAGUUGCUCCUGCUAACGUUUGAAACUGUAAAUGACGUUGCACCGUGUUAUUUGAAUGACCUGGUGACUCUUUGCCCCCAACGAACUGAUCUGUUCAGUGUUCACAAAGUCACUAAAAAGGCUUCAGCUUCCUGUGCAGCAGUGAAAUGGUUCCUGACAUGUUCUACUGACGGAUCAAAGCUGAGGUAAAGAUCCACUUCUUUACCGAUUCUUAUGAGACUUAAUGUGUUUUUUUUUAACUGUUUUUGUCGUUUUAGCCUGUGUUUUAUUUCUGAUGAUCUGUUUAAACUGCAUGUUCCUCAGUCUGAUUGAAAGAUCUUUAUAAAUAAAAUGAUUAUUAUUGAAGUUA